AUGGAGAAUGAAACCGAGAAUGACGCCAAGAUCACCAAAUCUUUGGAGAACCCCGCUGGCCCGAAAGCAAUUGAAGUGAAGACCGCACCUGUCAGCCAUAUUGUUUACAAAGUAGCAGACAUUCCCUCGUUUCCAGCCACUCUAGUGUUUGCAUUACAGGUCGCAUUACAAGUUGUCUCCGGUGCUGUCACAAACUCGAUCUUGCUAUCAGACGCCAUUUGUGGUACAAGCCACGUGACAGCCAAGCUGAUGAGCACCAACAUGUUCAUGUGUGGCCUGACUACAUUCAUACAGGCUGUGAUUGGUGUGAGACUCCCGAUUUUCCAAACACCUAGUAUUUACUACGUGGUUCCUAUAAUCUCCAGAGCGGACCUACCAGACUGGGCAUGCACCAACCAAGAUUAUGUAUCGUCCUCAAACCAAACGAUGUCAGCGUUCAAUGGAACUACUUUGUCCCCUCCUGAAACUGGAGACGACAUUUGGAGAGGAAGGCUUCUUGAGAUCUGCGGUGUCCUGAUGAUAGUGUCAAUCCUCCACGCCCUGAUCGGAGCCACGGGUUUGGGUGGACAGAUUGCUAAGGUGAUUGGCCCCUUGACCAUCGCUCCUGCUGUGGUUGUGAUGAUCCUCAAGUUUUUGGACACAAUCCUCAAACUGGUUUUUAUCCAUCUGGGAGUCGCAGUACUCACUCUGGCUACACUGCUCAUCCUCACCACGUACAUGGCCAAUGUACUCGUUCCCAUACCCUACUGGACGAGAAGUCAUGGCUGGAAAAUGACCAAGUCAAAAUUCCUCAGAACUUACGCCGUAUUAAUCAGCAUCGCUUUGGGUUGGCUUCUCUGUCACAUCCUGACCGUGACCGGAGCGUUGCCGGACGACCCGGACAGUUUGCAGUACAACGCCCGGACGGACAAUAAGGGAGAUACGGUGGAACUGGCAAAGUGGUUCUAUUUUCCUUACCCAGGUCAGUUCGGGGUACCUCGAUUCAGCGUCGCAAUAUUCUUUGGAUUAAUCGUGGCCAUGUUGAGCUCUGUCAUUGACUCCUUAGCUGACUACAAGAUCGCAGCUCGUGUGUGUCAGAUCCCUAAAGUUCCCCCACACGGCACCAACCGGGGCCUGUUGAUCGAGGGAUGCUGUAGCAUACUCUCUGGGGCAUUUGGUGCAGGCAUGGCCACCUCCACAAAUAUCUCAGUCACGGGGUCCUUAGCUAUAUCAGGUGUAACUAGUCGUCGCGUGUUCCAGGCCGCCGGAUUGUUGCUGAUGUUCUUAGGAGUCGUUGGGAAAAUCGGCGCCGUUCUGGUCAUUAUCCCCAAGCCCGUCAUUGGGGCGGUACUGAUUGUGAUUCUGGGGUCUGUCACUGGGGUCCUUAUAGCCGAGUUGAACGAUUUUGAGAUGAAGAGGCCCCGGAACUGUAUGACGAUUGGGCUGGCUAUGCUCUUGGGUUACAUGAUUCCUAAAAUGAUCAUCGAGUACCACGAAAUACUGGACACAGGUAUUCCGGAGCUGAACAAUGUAAUCAGAGCCAUGUUUGGGACACCGUUGUUUGUAGCCGGUGUUGUGGCUUGCUUUCUAGAUAACACUUUGCCAGGAGGGCGUGGCCAAAAACCGGAUCCGGAAGACGAUAAAGGGCAGACUUCCGAUGAGACUGCGCCGGCUCACCGCCUACCUUAUGUACAUGACUAUUUUACGAACUGUAAAUGGACCCGAUUCUGCCCCUUCCUGCCCGGAUUUCAACACAACGUUAAGAAAGACGUGCUUAUUUCGGAGCCAACGCAAAAAUUGGAAUUAGUAUGA